UUAAUAACCAAAUAUAUUAAUAACAGUAUAUCAAAAAUUACAGUAUAUCACACCAUCUUAUCUUAUCUUAUCUUAUCCAAAUAAAUCAAGAAUAGCCACAUGAACUGAUCAUAUAUUUUUAUUCCAUAACACACAAACUACUCAAUCUUGAAAUAACAUUUUUGGUUACUCUUGCUCUUCUGAACCAUUAAUUGACAUUUGACAUUACCAUUAAUUAACAAUAAUGUCAGAGAAAGACCUUAACACCAUGAGGAGGAGAGUGGCCUCAGUUGCAUACCAUUUGUUGCCUGUUGUUCCUUCAGUACAAAAUGUUGUUUUUUCAAUUGAGUCUUCCAAUUGUACUUCCUCUAUGAAUGAUAAUUACCAUAAAAUUCAUGGGGAAGUAUCUAAUCAUGAACCAGUUUGGAGACUUAUUUCUUCCGAUGAUUCUGGCAGAGAUUUUACUGAUAUUAUUUAUGAAAAAGCUGUUAAUGAGUCCAUAGCUAAGAUAACAAUCAAUAGACCGGAUAGAAGGAAUGCUUUCCGACCUCACACCAUCAAGGAGCUUAUUCGUGCAUUCAAUGAUGCGAGGGAUGAUGGCUCGGUGGGAGUCAUCAUCCUCACCGGAAAGGGUACAAAGGCAUUCUGUAGCGGUGGUGAUCAGGCAUUGAGAAGUAAGGAUGGCUAUACCGAUUUUGAAAGUUUUGGUCGCCUCAAUGUUUUAGAUUUACAGGUGCAAAUUCGCCGUCUACCAAAACCAGUAAUUGCAAUGGUUGCAGGUUAUGCUGUUGGGGGUGGACACAUUUUGCAUAUGGUUUGCGAUCUAACAAUUGCAGCAGACAACGCUAUAUUUGGUCAGACCGGCCCAAAGGUAGGAAGUUUUGAUGCCGGUUAUGGAAGUUCAAUUAUGUCGCGUUUGGUUGGACCGAAAAAAGCUCGUGAAAUGUGGUUUUUGACGAGGUUCUACACUGCCUCCGAAGCAGAGAAAAUGGGACUCGUGAAUACUGUUGUUCCGUUGAAUAAGUUGGAGUCGGAAACAAUAAAGUGGUGCAGAGAGAUCUUAAGAAAUAGCCCUACGGCAAUACGGGUGCUAAAAUCAGCUCUCAAUGCAGUUGAUGAUGGACAUGCUGGACUUCAGGCCCUUGGAGGAGAUGCUACUCUUCUAUUUUAUGGCACUGAAGAAGGCAGCGAAGGCAAGAAUGCAUACAAUGAACGUAGACCACCUGAUUUCUCUAAGUUUCCCCGCCUGCCUUGACCCUACCUCCUCUGUUGGUGCUGUUGUAGCUGUUGUUUUCGGGUACAUAAAAAUCUGUAUUUUGGCAAAACAACUUCAACACAAGUUCAAGAAUAAAUCAAGAACACUUAUGAAGUGUUCCACACUUUUAACACAA